AUGGCAAGAUUCAUUGCCGUCUUCAAUGAGUCCUUCGAAAAGCGACCAAUCCUAACAAUGAUGAUUUCAAAUGCCGUCCUAAACAGUAUAGCAGAUACCGUCGCUCAAACCAUCACUAUAGUUCGUGAACGAGCCCUCCGAAAGCCCACGGGCCCGGAACUCCCACAGGACCGAGUCGCCAUUGAAAUCGGUGAAUUGGACAAUAAACUCCCAGAUGCACUACACAAAGGCGAAUUGAUACCACGGACCGACUUCCUGCCCCCACCAUUUGAAUUCGAAAGGCUAGCGAGAUUCGCGUUUUGGGGAUUUGUGAUGGCACCAGCGCAAUUUACGUGGUUUAAGUUUCUGGGAAAGACGUUUCCUAUUCCACCCAAUUCGACGGCUAUGGUCCCGGCUCUGAAGAGGGUGGCAUGUGACCAACUUAUAUUCGCUCCGGUGGGGUUGGCCGGGUUCUUUACAUUCAUGACAAUUGCAGAAGGCGGCGAUAAAAAAGCAGUUCAGAACAAAUUCUCAAAUGUUUAUAUGCCAGCGCUCCGAUCCAACUAUAUUCUCUGGCCAGCGGUUCAAAUCAUCAACUUCAGGUUCAUGCCACUUCAAUUCCAACUUCCCUUUGCUUCGUCAGUCGGUAUCCUGUGGACCACAUAUCUUUCGUUGACAAAUAGCGCAGCGGACGCUUCGGAAGAAGACGACUUCCUACCAUAA